CCCAAAUGGAAAGAGACUGCAGGGCUGAUCAGAGAGGACGCAAAACAAGGAAGGCUUCUGACGGAGCUCUGGACCUUCCCAGCUCCCGAAGUCAAUACUGAGACCCCAGAUGUGUCCAGAGACAUCCUGAAGAGGCUGAGGGGCUGAGAAGCAUUAAGGUGUCCAAAGGAAGAUUCCUGAAGCCGACUCAGAGCCAGGGAAUUGGCUUGCUAUUUGAAGAUCCUUCAAUUCUUCCCCACUUCAAUCCCUGUUGCUAUGGAGACCACCAAUGGGACUGAGACCUGGUAUGAGAGCCUGCACGCUGUGCUGAAGGCUCUAAAUGCCACUCUUCACAGCAACUUGCUCUGCCGGCCAGGGCCAGACAACCUGACUGAGGGGCGACGAACCAGCCGACCCGGCCGUGAUGACAACUCCUACAUAUACAUUCUCUUUGUCAUGUUCCUAUUUGCUGCUACUGUGGGCAGCCUCAUCCUGGGAUACACCCGCUCCCGCAAGGUGGAUAAGCGCAGUGACCCCUACCACGUGUACAUCAAGAACCGUGUGUCUAUGAUCUGAUGCUAGGGGGCCCAGGAUGGCUGAAGAUCAAGAUACCUGAGGGUUAUCUUCUGGGGCCUCCAGAACUCAGCCAUAGAUCAUGUCAGGUCUUAGUGUUCCUGUCUGUAAAUCGACAAGAAACAGUGCUAAGGGAUGUCUUCUUUGGGCUGGGAGGACAGAGGCAGACCUGGGCCUUGUGGAUAAGGACUUUUUUCCCCAGCAAAGAUAGACUUUAUAGACAGUGGGAGCCCUACGAACAAAUAUAUAGAAGUAGCAAAAGAUAAUAACCAAUGACUGGUCCAGUGGCUGGAGUACUGAGGGAUGGGGACUAGGGGCUGGAAGAAGGAGAAAAGAAACUCGUAGCAGAGGAAAAUGAAAACAGGAAGAUACUCUUUUUUGUGUGUUAUCUUCAACAACAAUGAGAUAUGGGAUAAAUUAUCCCAUAUCGCAGACAGAAGAUCUGAGUAAUGUUACUUAUUUAUAUUUGUUUUUGACUCAUUUAACAUAUACGAUUUUACCCCCUGUGAAGGAAGUAGGGCAAGUGCCAUUCUGCCCAUUGGGCUAAACUGGCACCCAGGGACUCAGGUUUCCUUGCCCAGUGCUUUUCAAAACUCUGUGCCAUUCAGAAGUGGAUCCAGGCCUGAGAAUUAUACA